AUGGUCCCGGCUUCCCAGUUGGUCUUCACCUGCAUCUGGAUCACACUGAUGUCAAAAGCUUGUGCUGCUGGUGAAAUCAAGAAGCCUCACCAGCGCUGCUUCUCUUCAGUGAAGUGGACCCGCAAACAAGAAACUAGAAUGAGGAAAGAUGACAGUACCAAAGUGUGGCCCCUGAAGUAUAAGCAACUUCUCCAUAUAGAGGACCACAAUUCUGCAGCGAGACCUGGAUUUGGAGGAUCUCCAGUGCCAGUGGGUAUAGAUGUCCAGAUUGAAAGCACUGACAGCAUUUCAGAGGUUAACAUGGACUUUACAAUGACAUUUUAUCUCAGGCAUUACUGGCAAGGUGAAAGACUUGCCUUUCCCAGCAAAACCAACAAAAGCAUGACUUUUGAUCACAGAUUAAUCAAAAAGAUUUGGGUGCCUGAUAUCUUUUUUGUCCAUUCUAAAAGAUCCUUCAUCCAUGAUACAACUGUGGAGAACAUCAUGCUGCGUGUACACCCUGAUGGAAAUAUCCUCUUCAGUGUCAGAGGCCUUGAGCCACAGGGUAUCAGCUUGAUCUCUGGAGGAGCUAAAGACCAAGCAAUGUGCUUUAUGGAUUUCAGCAGGUUUCCACUUGACACUCAAAAUUGUUCCCUUGAACUGGAAAGCUAUGCCUACAACGAGGAGGAUCUGAUGCUGUACUGGAAACAUGGAAACAAGUCCCUAAAUACUGAUGAGCAUAUUUCGCUUUCUCAGUUCUUCAUCGAGGAAUUCAGUGCAUCCAGUGGAUUUGCUCUCUAUAGCAGCACGGGUUGGUACAAUAGGCUUUUCAUCAACUUUGUGCUAAGGAGGCAUAUUUUCUUCUUCGUGCAGCAAACCUAUUUCCCGGCUGUGUUGAUGGUAAUGCUUUCCUGGGUUUCAUUUUAGAUUGACCAGAGAGCUGUUCCUGCAAGAGUGUCCUUGGAAAUCACCAUGGUGCUGACCAUGUCCAUGAUCCUCUCUGGGGUGAGUGCCUCCAUGCCCCAGAUGUCCUACAUCAAGGCCAUGGACGUGUACCUGUGGGUUAGCUCCCUCUUUGUCUUCCUGUCAGUCCUUGAGUACGCAGCAGUGAACUGCCUCACCAUAGUGAAAGAGAGGAAACAGUUCAAGAAGACAGGGAAGAUUUCUGGACUGUACAGUAUUGAUGCAGCUCAAGCCAUGGCCUUUGAUGGUUGUUACCAUGACAGUACAACUGACACGGACCAGACUUCCUUUUCUCUACACUCAGAAGAGGACUCCAUUCAAGAAAGAUGCACAGGCAGCCUCAGCACAGCUUCACCUCAGAUAAAGAGAAGAAAAUCACUAGGAGGGCAGGUUGGUAGAAUCAUUCUGGAGAACAACCAUGUCAUUGACACCUAUUUAAGGAUUUUAUUUCCCACUGUGUACAUUACAUUUAAUUUGUUUUACUGGAGUAUUUACAUGUGAAGAGGAAAGCCCAGUUGAUAAAAUUUGUUUUGGAGUCAGAUUAUGUUAAAAACAACAAUAAAAACCACCAACUCUUAACUAUAAAUUGGAUGGUACUAGACUACACUGGAGUCAGCAAGUCACUUCUCUUGGCCCAAAAAAGAUUUGAAAGUUAACUGAUUCACAUCUAGGAAAGAGUUUAAGGUCGUAGGAGAAUUUGGCUACAUCAAUGAGAGUCGGCAUUCUGCUUGCCUCCCCAACACCAAAAGCUGCCUUAAGGACACAGCCUUGUGAUAGUAAGCGGUUACUGAGACAUCUGGACUGUAUACAGAGAGAGAGAAAGAGAGUCAGAGAGACAGACAGAGCGCACUGCCCGGCUGCAGUCUUUAUUGUUGGCUGAUCAUUUUUCUACAAGGAGCUGCAAAUUAAAUGGAGAACAUGACUACAUUUCAGAAGCCGUGUGGCUGACAGGGUCUUGGUGCUCCGGCCUGGUAUCAGGCCUGAGCCUCUGAGGUGGGAGAGCUGAGUUCAGGCCACUGGACCACCAGAGACCUCCCAGCCCCGUGUAAUAUCAACUGGCGGGAGCUCUCCCAGAGAUCUCCAUCUCAAUGCUAAGACCCAGCUCCACCCAACAGCCAGCAAGCUCCAGUGUUGGAUGUCCCAUGGCAAACAACUAGCAAGACAGGAACACAACCCCACCCAUUAGCAGAGAGGCUGCCUAAAAUCAUACUAAGUUCAUAGACACCCCAAAACACAGCACCGGAUGCAGCCCUGCCCAUCAGAAAGACAAGAUCCAGCCCCACCCACCAGAACACAUGCACCAAUCCCCUCCACCAGGAAGCCUACACAAGCCCCUGAACCAACCUUACCCACUGGGGGCAGACACCAAAAACAAUGGAAACUAUGAACCUGCAGCCUGCGAAAAGGAGACCCCAAUCACAGAAAUUAAGCAAAAUGGGAAGAUAGAGAAACAUGCAGCAGAUAAAGGAGCAAGGUAAAAACCUACCAGACCAAACAAAUGAAGAGGAAAUAGUCAGUAUAUCUGAAAAAGAAGUCAGAGUAAUGAUAGUAAAGGUGAUCCAAAAUCUUGGAAAUAGAAUGGAGAAAAUACAAGAAAGUUUUAAAAAAGACCUAGAAGAACUAAAGAGCAAACAAUGAUGAACAAUAUAAUAAAUGCAAUUAAAAAUUCUCUAGAAGGAAUAAAUAGCAGAAUAACUGAGGCAGAAGAACAGAUAAGUGACCUGGAAGAUAAAAUAGUGGAAAUAACUACUGCAGAGCAGAAUAAAGAAAAAAGAAUGAAAAGAAUUGAGGACAGUCUCAGGGACCUCUGGGACAACAUUAAUUGCACCAACAUUCGAAUUAUAGGGGUCCCAGAAGAA